CUCUAAGUAAAGUUGAAAAAGGGAAAUUUGCAGAAUUUUUAAUUAGAUUUUAAUGAAUUUAGACGAAGAUUGCCUGCCUGAAUUUACUGAUAAGUAUGUCAAAAUCGAGAGGUUCUUUGACGAGCUGGAGAAUAUCGAAAUCAAAGAAGAAGUUGACUUAAGCUACCAUGGGGAUUAUCAUCUGGAAGAGCAGAAGGAAGAAGAUGAUAGAGAAGAGGAAUUUGUUUGAGGGACUGAAGUAAAUCUCCUUGUGAAAGAAGAGUCUGACAGGAUAGUGAAAGAAGAGAUAGGUGGCUUAGAAGGAGAUUGACCUAAAGUGGAGAGGAAUUCUGAGGAAAGAGAGCAACAUUCUUUUCCUGCUCUGAAGGAUGAAAAGUUUCCUAUAAAGGAAAAUAGCUCUUCUGUAUGAGGAGAAUUAGCUUGUAAAGAGGAAAAAUGUCUCACAAUAUCUACCGCAACUUAUAAUGAGGAGUGAAAGGGCAUGCUAUAUCUCUUGAAAAUGCUGAGAAUCUUUUACUUUCAGAGACUCUAUGCUUAUCAAAUCUCAGAUAAUAGAAAUAGAGGAAGACCAAGAGUGUUAAAGAACACUAAUCCAUAUAUAAUCUGGAACUUAAUAUUGAAGAAAAUCUCUUCUCAAGCUAACAAAAGGUUGAAUCAAAGAACUGAUGCUCAAAAUUCAUCUGUCUGUAGAGAUGCAUUAAGAGUUCCCAACAUCAUUCUCAAGCAUCUUGGCUCUAAAUGAAGAUAUAAAUCUUCAAAAGAGUCUGACUUCUUAGAAUCUUACUCUGAGGCUUUUACUGUUGGCUGUGUUCCAACAAUAUUUGAAGGAGAGCAACCUGAAAAUAAAGUCAAAGUUUUCUGUGAGUUCAUUGUGCUAUAUUUUCCAGCCUCCAAAGUGAGGUCAAUUUUAUCCAUGAUUACAAAGGCAGGAUUUCUAACCACUGCUGAACAGACAAUCUUGGUGAGACAACUGAAAGAAAGAAAUGGAUCAUCAAAAGUCGGACUGAAGAAGUUAGUGAGAGGAAAUUCAUGCUUAUCCAGAAUAAUGAAGAAGCUACUUAAGACUCUGGAUGCCUCUACCAUAAAUCACAAGGAGGCUUAUAGACAAACCUUGCUAGGAUUUUUAGACUAAUAC